AUGUCGAUGUCGUUGGCUGCAAAGCAGCAGCAGCGGAAAGCUGCCAGAAACCUGCGUGCUCCUCUUUCUUGUGGUCCCUGCCGCGCUCGGAAGCUGAAAUGUAACCGCGAAGAGCCCUGUCAGAAUUGUACAGUGAGGAAAGAGACACAUUCAUGUGUCUACGGUGGCUCCAGGUGUAACAUCAGCAAAAAUGGCGCUGGAGCUGCUUCAGUCAUUCGACCCCUGCACGUCGAGAGUAUGCAGAAAAGAAUUGACCGGUUAGAGGCUCUUGUAACUAGCCUAGCCUCCAAAGGACAAGACCUUGGGGAGCCUAGAGUUACGCCUCCUAGGGACACAAUGCCCAAUGGAUCCAAAACGGACACCAAAUCAGCAGACCCCCAAUGGGGUAAUGAUCAUUCUUUUGAUGAGAUCCGCCAUGGGGUGGGAGUAAUGAAAGUCAGCGAGAGUCAUUCGGAGUAUAGAGGAACCACCCACUGGGGCGAUGUCUUUCAGGAGCUGAACGAACUCAAAAAUGUAUGGGGUCAAGUCCAAGAGGAACAGGAUUCCAUAAACCUGCAUACAGCUUUCUCCGGCCCUGCCGGUGGACCUCCUUUGCUGUACGGCCCAGUUAAACCGGUUUCAUUCGAGGAAUUGCUUGCAUCGGUACCUGCAAGGCCUGCUCUGGAUAAGCUUAUCGAGAAAUUCUUCGACGAGAAGGAUUCUCCUGUGCCGACUUUCCACAUGCUACACAAACCUACGUUCAUGCAACAGUAUGAAGAACAUUGGAAAACCCCCAAAGCUACCAAGCCCAUGUGGCUAGGACUCCUCUUCUCCGUGCUUAGUUUAGUUAUGUUGUCAUAUCACCUGCUUGAAGAAGAGCCACCGGAAUAUGAGGGUGAUUCGGAUUCCUUAUCUGAACUAUAUCGUUUGAGGACAACCCAAUGCGUGAUGUUGGCCGAUGUCACUAAAUGCGUACCCUAUACGCUUGAGACACUGGUAUUUAAUGCAAUAGUAGAACAAGCUCGGAAGAGCGAUGGUGGGAAUGGUGUAUGGACGAUGUUUGGGCUGAUUACUCGCAUUGCCUUGCAGAUGGGUUAUCAUAGGUUAGCAGCUUGCGACGACCCUCCAAGAACUUUGCUUACUUCUAUCAACAGAGAUCCGUCGCAGUAUCCAGAAAUUUCCCCUCUCCAGGGCGAGAUGAGACGUCGCGUCUGGUUCUUUGUCGUCCGGCUCGAUGGUUUAUUGUCUUUUCAGGUCGGCCUACCAAGCAAUAUCAGAAAAGAAUUCUAUGAUACGGAACAGCCCCGAAAUAUACACGACUGGGAGUUAUAUGAGGGUAUGACCGAACUGCCUCCGUCAAGGCCAAAUUCGGAAGUGACACCUAUCUCGUACCUCCUGGCAAAGAAUAGAAUUCUACGCUCCUUGGGGGAGAUAGCUCACCUUCUCAGCGCCCUGGGGCCGUACUCUUACGAUGCGGUUCUCAAACUAGACGAUGACCUCGCACAAUCUCAGACAGAAGUCCCCCCCUACCUUCAGAUGCGGCCGCUCGAGGAAUCAAUGGACGACGCUCCUUCGCUCAUUAAUAGAAGGAUACAGCUUGAGAUUCUUUUUCAUCAAGGAAUGUGUGUUCUGCAUCGGAAAUUCAUGGCACAGGGCAGGCUCGACGGAAGGUUUGAGCCUUCUCGCAAUCGGUGUAUUCGAUCUGCCUUAUCGCUACUAUCAUUGCAGCAUUUUCUUUUCCAACAAGCACAGGCAACAACGAAAGAUAUGGUUCGGUCUACACGCCAUUGGUAUAGAUUCUCGUACACGAGUCAAGAUUUUAUCCUUGCGGCGAUGAUUCUUUGCUUAGAACUACGACACAGAAGGGUGGCAGAAGCGGCCAAUGUCCGCCUAACGCCCGAAUCCGACGAUGAACAACAAGGAUCCAUGGUGCUCUCUCUCCAGAAGGCUUCUCGGGCCUGGAACGUGGCUCAGGGGAGCUUGCGUGAAGCCCGAAAAGUUUACCGUGUUCUCUCCCACAUGCUCGAAAUGCUUGGAAUUUUUGAGGAUGAUAAUUCUAAGGUGUUGGAAGCCGCAGUUAUAACUCCGCCCGAUCCAGCGCAGUUACUUCCUCCUCAGGAUUCUCCAUUGUUCGUGGACGGACAAAUCCCUGUCCCUGAAGCUGAUUUUAACAUUGACUGGGCUAUGUGGGAUUCUUUCAUUGAAGGAACUAGCUUCGAUGAUGUUUACGGGGCUAUGCUCACCCCACCAACAACAAAUUCCAUGAAUACGGGGAGUUUCCAGUUUGAACUUGACCAGUUGAAUAGCGACCUGCCAUUGCAAGGAGCUACAUUUCCUCCAAUCGAAUAG